AUGGCGAUCCUCGAAGAAACGCAGCCUGAGAAAACCCAGAAUUCUGCUCCUCCAAGCAAUCUCCCGCAAGAGAAGAAGAAUCAGGCGGCGGAGGAGAAACCCACUGCCCUGCUUCCAAACUCUGGCAAUGGGCUCGAUUUGGACAAGUAUUCGUGGGGGCAGAGCCUCCAAGAGGUAGCGAUCACCGUUCCAGUCCCUCCCGGGACGAAAUCGAGGCAGAUAUCGUGCGAGAUCAAGAAGACGUCUCUGAAGCUAGGGCUCAAGGGCGCAGGUGAUCAGCAGCCGAUGAUUAUCGAUGGCGAACUCUUCGGUCCGGUGAAAGUGGGCGAAUCUUUCUGGCAAUUGGAGGACCAGAAGACCAUCUCCGUCCUACUGACGAAAUCGGACGAGAUGAAUUGGUGGAGGUCGCUGGUGAAGGGAGGGCCGGAGAUUGACACGCAGAAGGUGGAGCCGGAGCCCAGCAAGCUGAGCGAUCUGGAUCCGGAGAUGAGAUCGACGGUGGAGAAGAUGAUGUUCGACCAGCGCCAGAAGCAGAUGGGUCUCCCCACCAGCGACCAAAUUCAGCAGCAGGACUUGCUCAAGAAAUUCGAUUUCUCCAAGAUGAAGAUGGUCGACAAAUUCAGCAACCUACCCUAA